UUUCUCCUCUGUGGAGUGUCUUAUGCCGAAGACAUGCGCUACCAACAUUAUCUUUUAGAAGCGGCUCACGUAUUUAUUUAAGCGGUGCAAUUUGUCCAGCGUGUUUGGAGGGGAUGGGAUCUUGGGAAAUGGGCCGUGCAUGGGAACAGCAAGAACCGCUUCUUUACAAUUAGAUCUACACCGGAUACCGGGAAAUGAACCACGCACGAGCAGCGAGCUGGAUACCGUCUAUACGAGGAGCUGUCAGCAUAAAUAUAUGAUAUGUUUCAUCUGAUUUGAUCACUUGCAUUGAUAGCUUCGAUAUUCUCUAUGUAUGGCCGUUCUGUCAUCAUGAUAUCGGGUUUGUGAAGAGGCGCACGCGUGAGCCGCAUCCGCGCGAGGUGCAUCUCAACAUGACAGCAACAUAUAGAAAAGGAAGGAUACCAAGCGGGAAGACCUGUGGCUAUCCAGGGGACAUUUUAUCAGGGUCAGAUGGCCUGUCUUGAAUAAGAAACGUGCAAAAAUGGAGAGCUCUGGUUCAAGGAUGGUACUGAGGAGCUCGCGGCGACUGCUCGGAUGUUGCACGCUUCUGCUCGCCGCUGCGAUGUUGGUGGGCUUCAUGGCGACGUCUGGCACACCCGUUGCAGUGAAGCUCCCAUCCAACAUGUCCAGAAGGAGCCUCAAUCAGCUUCCAACAAGAACACGUUCACCUCCUGCCUUAUCUUCAUCAUCAUCAUCAUCAUCUCCUCAUCGAUCUGAAAGAACCAGGCGUCCAGCUCAUACGCCUCCAGGUGCCAAACAUCCCUCGUCCCCUGGACGCCAUGACAGUGCCUCCCGCAUAGAUCCCACCCCGUCCCUCGGUUCCGAAGGGUCGGGUAACUUAGGUGAUGGGGCCCAGGGCAUCCACCUGCUAUUACGACCCCCAGACCUUCUAACACCCAGCCAGAUGCCUCCCCUCCAUGACGACAUACCGCCGACACCAGCUCCCCCAACCCUGGUGCCACCCGAAGACCAGUAUCCUGUCCACUCCGCGGAGGUGGACUGGGGCUCCGGAGACUACCUUGAAACUCUUACUUUCAUGGGAUCGGAAGGGGAGGAGUUUUCUCUCGUCACCACCCUUCCUACGCAUGGAUACGAUCCGUAUGAUACGGACAAUGACGCCACGGUCAGCUACAACACAGCUUUCCCCUCUCGCCCCGUCCUGCCCCUCUCGUCAAGAGACCUUCAGCCCAGCGUGACUGUAAAAUAUGGGACUAACUUAAGGACGGCCCAUCCUACCGAUCCCCGCCUCCCAUUGGCUCCUGACUCCGCCCAUGCGAGCGAUAUGGACGAUGAUUUGGAUUUCGAUUGGGCGGAGCUUUUUCCCAUUGAGCCGACUGAAAUGCUGCUUCCUGAUAUGAACAGUUUGGAAUACUACAACACGUUGCAAGCCAAAGAGAAUGCUAGUAUUGUGAGGAAUAGGACGCACCUUCAUAUUAACCCUACGCACACUGUGGGACCCACCCACACUCCCACUGCAACUUUGGGAAAAAUCCCGGACGAAAUUGACCGGACAACUCCUCGACCUAUUCCAUCAGUAACCCCAACUCCACCCCAAAAACCUACAAAGCCUCCCAUUGCAUCAACCACCGAGACACAACGGCCUCCUGAAGGCCCAGAUAAGGGUGUUCCUUCCAUACCCACGUCCCAUGUGGGCAAAACCCGACCACCAGUGCCAACCGCCCUGCCUCCACCCGGCACCUCAGAGGGUCCAGUAAUACAAGCCGUUACGCUGAAGCCCCCUGCUACCAAACCCCGUAUGACCACCAUAAAAACCACCACCAGAACCACAACUACAACCACGACUACCAUGAGCACCACCAGCCUCUCCACCAAAAGCCCACCGCCUACAACCCCCAGAAUUCCUCUGUCCAUCGCACCCCGACAGUACGUCUGCAAUAUCACCAAACCGGACAUGUACCUAGUCAGAGUGGGCAUGCCUAGUGGGUCGUCGGUUGCGUUUGCCAAAGCUCAUGUGCGGGAGAUCCUUCGACGAGAGUUCAACCGUUCAGUGGAGCUCCAGGUCCUCAAAGCCCCGCCCAAUUUCAUCUUCCGGGCAGUUUCCGGUCCACUGGUGUACACUGCUAUCUCUGUCAUUAAUGCUGUCCGCCAAUCAGUGCACAGCACUUCCUCUUCUUCCAUUCUGUCCGUCACAACUAUAUAUGCAGUGCCUGAUUACAAACAUCAGGUCCACACAGUGCUGCAGUUUGUACCGAGUCAUGUGGAUGUGCGUCUGUGUAGCUUCAGCGAGCGUGUAGAGAAGGGGCUACUCAUGGCAUACGCGGAAGUACGCAAACGCUCACAAGAAAAGGGAAAUUUCACAGUUCAUAUUGUGAAUAUCACUAGUAGCCUUCCUAAGGGUCAGCGGCUGCAGAAGGCACCGGUGGACAUCACUUUUGCUGUGCGUGAUUCUCAAGGCUUCCUAACGGGAUCAGAUGUGAGUGGUCACAUGAGGCAGCUCAGCACUGUGGAGUUCAGCUUCUACCUUGGUUUUCCUACCCUGCAGAUUGCUGAACCUUUUCAUUAUCCUGAACUGAAUGUGUCCCACCUGUUACGCACAUCCUGGGUGAAAACAGUGUUAUUGGGUGUGUUGGACCAGCGUGUGAACGAGAGGACCUUCCAGGCCAAAAUGGAGAGGCGAUUAGCACUGCUGGUUGGAGAGGGACUUCGGAUCGGAGUUAGCAGUCGACGAUGGAGAAGAGCUACUAGUAUUGGCAACAACAGUGUACAGUUGCAGCCUCCCAUUGUUAAAGGCUUUGAUUUUGCUAAACUACACCUGGGGCAGCAUAGUAAUGAUGACAUCAUGAUAAUCCAAGAACCCGCCCCUUUGCCGGCACCUGUUAAAGAGGCCACGCCCUCAGAGGGCGGAGAAUUGAACACUCCUAAAUCAAAGAGCUCAUCUACAAAAGCAUCCCGUGCAGCACGGAGAAGAGGCAGGUUGUCUCCAUCUGAUGGAGAUUCAUUAGGAAGUGAAGCAUCCAGCUGUAGAGAAUCAGCAGAGGAAAGCACCAGACCUGCUGUGACGCCAAGUGACAGCAAACCCCAACAUCGCAAGAGCAAGCAUUCAAAAAACAAACUUGGUGCUCAACCUGGAAGUGGUGUGGAUGAGCAGUUGUCCUCGUCAUCCAUAUUUGAGCAUGUGGACCGCCUCUCUCGAGGUUCGUCAGAUGGAACGCGCAGAGUCUCCAAUAAGAUACAGCUCAUCGCCAUGCAGCCCAUGCCAAGCUCUCCCUCACAUCCACAUAACCAGGCCCUGAGUCCCAACCUGACAGACAAGAUGCCUGACGGAGCAAAGGUCAACAGUGAGAUCCAAGUGGCCUUGAGGCAUAAAUCUGAGAUCGAACACCAUCGCAAUAAGAUCCGCCUGCGUGCCAAGAGAAAGGGCCACUACGAGUUCCCCUCCAUGGAGGACAUCAUGGCAGUGUUCGGUGACAGCUCCGAACAGCAGCGAGUGUAUCAACAAGCUCAGGAACAGAUACACAAGAUCCUACAUCUUGAAGAACACACACCUUCAUCGUGCGGAGAGCCACGCAAAAGUUCCAAAGGAAGACGCUCUCCCAGACACAGACAAAGACAGAAUUUGAGUGGAAGCGGAAGUCUGAGAGACAAAGAUCGCCUGAUUUCCGACGGAGAUGCCAUGUACAGGAAGUACCCCGGGGUCAACAAUGUGGCCUAUGUGUCCGAUGCAGAUCAGCUCCCAGAUGCAGGAAGCCCUUCUCCUACUGAUGAGGUGUUUUUAGACACUGGAUCGCCGCCGUCUGGCCCUGCCCCUGCCCCGCCCAGCUACGUCCCUCCUCAGCCAACAAUAGAAGAAGCCCGGCAACGGAUGCACUCCUUAUUGGAUGACGCAUUUGCUCUGGUCUCACCUUCUUCUCAAGGAAGCCCUGCUCCUCUAACAUUCACUGGCAUUACGGCGGUCACUGGUGUCGGCGAAAUCAGCCCCGGUCAACCCUCCAGCACGUCCUCACGUCCUUCACACCAGUGGGCCUCCUCUUCUUACCCAGCAGCCCCUGUACACAGUCCUUUCUCUGCGAGGUAUGCCGAGUUAGGAAUGUCUCCCACAUCUGUUCAAGGUUUACUGCAGAGGCAGACGCAGGGCUCUGGAUAUGUGGUGUCAGCAGAGAUGCAGUCAGAUCCUGGAUACUCCAGCAGGGGGCAGUAUGGAGAAGAGAUGCCAGCGUCUUCUCGGCCACGACCAGUAGGGGGCAGCACAGGUGCACAGUUGCAUCAGCUGACACAAGUGGGCUUGUCAAGUCGGAUUGGACUGUAUCCUGGAGUUGGCCGUAGUGUAUCUGGACCUUCAGGAUCAAGCUGGGCCCAUUACCGCUCAGAUGAAGAGAUUUCCAGACCAGGAUCCAACCGAGAGGCUAUACUGACAUUCCCAGAGUACUCUUCAUCACCAGUAUUCCAGAUGCCCAGGACGUCCCUGCAGGAUCCCACAACACCCCAGGGUCACCUGGAAGCCUCGAGCGCGGGGUACAUCGCCCCUGAGGAGCGUUCUCCACCCCCCCAAUCCUCUGCCUUUCUCAUCAAGGCUAUCAGGGAAGAACUCCAGAGACUUUCUCAGAAACAGGUUGCUGUUGUCAGCUACCAGAGUUGAGAAAGACCAUCCCAAAAACCCCUGCCCUGGUUACCUUCCCGAUAUACCACAUAAACAAACUCACAAAUCCCAACACAGCUCCAUGGCUGAGAAGCUGCUUUACACAAAAUCCGAAACAAAACCUUCAAAUUCAAGUACGGCUGGUCUGUUACAUAUGAAGAAUUACUCGCAAUCUUCCGUACUGGUAUUGCCAAGACAUCCACAAUUUAAAUUCCACUGCUGACAUGCAGAAAAUAAACUUAAAUACUCUCUCCUAUAAUUCACAAAGAAAAAAAAUACUCAUGUCCAGACUCUUUAGAAAAAUAGACAAAGCUUCCCCAUAUUCAGACUCUCAAUUUGCAUGCUGAGAGCUGUGAACCUUCAAGACUUCGUACUGACUGUUGCUAAUGUGAAAAUCCCUCCCCUUCAGUUCCAUGUCUCUCAAAGUGCUUCCUCCAAAUGGGUCAUCUUCAUGUCUCUAGACUUCCUCUGGUGCUAAACAUCAUUGCUGGGCUCCGCCACGAUACCACAAUUCAGCCCUGCCCAAAAACUCUGAAGUGGCGUUCUUUCCUUUUCCUGUUCUCCCAUUUAUCCAAGACGGCUUAUCAAGUGGAAAUGUGCUCUGUUCCAAAACCUAGUGAGCUGCUCAAUGUGAAAUCUGUUCCAAAGACUCUGCGGGGGAGGGAAGAAGAGUUUUUGUUGGGAUCGUAAACAGUGAAGUGAGUUUUUGAGUCAGCCCACAUGUGGAGAUGAUGGACAGGCGGCCUCAGCUGCUGACCAGCAUGGUUCCCAUGCCGAUAACAUCAUAUUAUUUUGUCCAACCCGUCUGCAUCUGAGGAAAGGUAUGAAAGCAAGCACUCAUGAUGCCCGUGUUUAUUCUUUUAAGCUCUUUUUGCAAGUGGGUUUUGAAUG